AUGCCACUGGCGCAGUUUGUUGCUUUGAAGCUCGAAAGUCCCGAAGAUUCUGCUUGCGAAUUUCAAACAAAGAUUCUUCACUACGAUUCCGAGCGCACAGUGUAUUUUGAGUUCAGUUGUGGCUGCGUUUUCAAAGUAGAUAGAACGACUUCUAUUUCUCUAAGAUACUAUACCUUCUAUGGUGAAUGCCCGGUGCCUUGCGAAAUUUUCCUGGAGACGUACAAUGCUGCAUUGGAAAAAUUCUUCAAGACGACGAUUAUACGAAAAGAAAAAUCGCUUUGGAAAAGACAAGAUUUCAAAAAGACAACCCACCGAUUCUGUCCUGCUGAUCCGGAUUUUUAUGUGAAAAUGCACUCUAUGAUGACAAACUCCGAACAAGACAUCAUUAAAGCAUUUCCUGUGCUUCCACUUUACUGGAAUGAAUUGACAGUUUUCUGGAGGAGCUUAUGCCAUCAAAAGAAGCUUGACUUUAUCUGGACCGUCUGGUGCACGAUUUUUCUUAAUACUUCUACGAUGCCGGUAGAAAUGGCUACCAUUCGAAAAAGUCGACGGCUCCCGAAAAAGGCAAAGGAAGCUCUCCAAAUCGUCGAAAGCCUAGAUGAGAACCCAACGCAGACUGAUGAACUUGUGCCCCUCUUUGCGGAUGUAUCUGUCAAUGAGAAGAAGAAGAAGCAAAAGAAGAAGAACCCAAACAAGGGCAAGGCUCCGAAUGCCAUCCGGAAGUCUCAGAAGCCAGCGCGGCUCUAA